ACCUCACAUGGGCUCUCUCUUCUCUCUCACUCUACCAAUAAAUUUAGUGGUUUUACUCGCAAUUUUAUCGUGGAAGGUAGUUGAUUGCCAAGGAUUUGAUGCUGCACAACUUCUCGAUCAUGUCGUCAGAGACCAUGCUUUCCUCUCUUACACCGGACAUACAAAGACGGGUUCUUUAUACCUGGUACACUUGCCGGAAAAUUUCUCCGACAUUGAAGCUGAUACAGUGAGGUUUAGGUGCGGCAGUCUUCGAAGGUAUGGAGCACAGAUUAAAGAAUUCCAUUUAGCAAUGGGUGUUACAGUUCGUCCAUGUGUGGAGAGAGUUGUAGUUGUUCGACAAAAUUUGGGAAAUAAUUGGUCUUCUAUUUACUAUGACAGUUUUAAUUUUUCUGGGUAUCAACUUGUUUCCCCUGUAUUAGGCCUUCUGGCCUACAAUGCUGAUGAUCUCAACUCCAAUAAUCGGAGUGAAAUGGCGAUUUUCGCCAGCAAAGGGCCUAUUAUGAUUGAUUUCUCUAGGGUUGCAAGGGUAAAGGCGGCUUCAGGUUUGAAUCCUUUAUGUGCUAGUUUCAAUUCAGAUGGAACUGUGAGUCUAUCGGAACAGGUUUCAUCAAACGUUUGUAUUACAACAGGAGAUGGCCAUUUCGCUCUUGUGAUAGCACCAACUAUGCCCAAGACAAAGGGAAGAGUGAGUCGAUGGAAGGUUUUAGUUGGGAGUAUAAUUGGAGGUGCAUUGGGUGUGUUUCUUUUGUUUUUACUCUUAAUUGCUUUGGUUGUUAAGGUGAAGAAAAGGUCUCGAAUUGCUGAGAUGGAGCGAAGGGCUUAUGAAGAAGAAGCUCUACAGAUGUCGAUGGUUGGACAUGUGAGGGCGCCUACAGCUGCCGUGACUCGAACCCUUCCAACACUUGAACAAGGGUAUACUCCUCCAUGAAUUGUUGCUCCUCUGCAAGUUCAU